CAAGUACGUCAUCACAUGGCACCCAUCUUCAGGAAGAAGGGGAGACUUUCAAUAUAGACGCUGGGAUGAUUUCUGGUAUAAUUGCUCAUCGUAAAAUAAGACUGUAUAGUUAAAACAUAAAUAAAGUUCAAAUAAAGAUAGUAAAACAAGGAAACAAGGUUAUUGGCGAUAAUACUGCUGAAGCUGAAAGGAGCCUCAGCGUGCGCGUCACAUACAGUGAGACCUUAGCAAAGCGUCCUGGUGCACGUAAGAAUGAAUGUAAACCGCGAGGAAAAGGACCCUGCUUCCUUGAGGGAGGAGGGGAACAGCCACUUCAAGAAUGGUAAUAUCGAGGGAGCCCUGUGCUGCUACACUAAGGCACUUAAUCUAAGUGGUAACCAGUCAGAGAGUGCCAUCUUGUACCGCAACAGAGCUGCAUGUUACCUCAAACUGGAGGACUACACCAAAGCAGAGGCGGAUGCUUCCAAAGCACUAGAUACAGAUCCAGGCGAUGUGAAAGCUCGGUUCCGGCGCGCUCAGGCCAUGCAGAAACUGGGCCGACUGGACCAGGCGUUUUUAGACGCCCAGAAGUGUGCGCAACUGGAUCCCAAGAACAAGGCCUUCCAGGACAUGCUUCGACAACUUGGUGCCCAGAUCCAGCAAAAGGCCAUGCAGCUUUCUUCUACAGAUGCUCGCGUGCAACAAAUGUUCAAACUACUCCUGGACACGUCUGCGCAGCCCCCUGACAGGCAGAAGGCAGCUCAGAAUCUGGUGGUGCUCUCCCGGGAGGAGGCCGGGGCAGAGCAGAUCUUCCGAAACGACGGAGUGAAGCUCCUCCAGACGCUGCUGCAGUCACAGCAGGAGGACGUCGUGCUUUCCGCUCUGAGGACUCUGGUUGGCCUCUGCACCGGGCACCAGUCCAGGACCAUGGUGAUUGUGAAUGAGCUGGGCAUGGAGGGGCUGUGUGCGGUGAUGGGCUCCGGGGGCGAGGCUGUCUCGCUCGCUGCUCACCACCUCCUGCAGGUGAUGUUUGAGGCUUUGACUGAGGGCAUGAGGCGAGAAGUGCGAGGCAAAGACGAGGCCAUUCUUCCAGAGCCGUCUCGUGAACUUCGCUCGAUGCUGCGCCACCUUGUGGAGAUGCUGACAAUGUGCAAGGUGUCUGGGCCCGGUCGGGACAGUUCCAUUAACCUGCUGGUCAAACAGGUCCCCCGCAAGUCUAAGAAGCACCCUGACAACUCCCUCACUCUGUGGGUGAUAGACCAAGGACUCAAAAAGAUACUCGAGGUUGGAGGUACUGUCCCUGAGCUCUCCAAUGGACCGCCCCUCACCGAUAACACCCAUAUGAGCUGCUCGGUCCUGCUGAGCAAACUCUAUGAUGAUCUGAAGAGUGAUGGAGAGAGAGAGAACUUCAACCGUCUCUGUGAGGAAUAUGUCCAGCGUCACUUUGACUCUUCAGGGAUGGAGAGCAAACUGCGUGCUAUUCAGACCGUGUCAGUGCUGCUGCAGGGGCCCAGUGACGUUGGGAACCGGACCCUGGAGAUGUCAGGCGUCAUGGACACCAUCAUCUCCUUGUGCGCGUCACAGGACCUGACCCACCAGCAGGUGGCGGUAGAAGCUCUUAUACACGCAGCAGGCAAGGCUAAGAGGGCCUCAUUCAUCACCACCAAUGGAGUGUCGCUGCUUAAAGACCUCUACAAGAAGAGUGAGAAUGACAGGAUCAGAGUGCGUGCCUUAGUGGGUUUGUGUAAGCUGGGCUCGGCCGGAGGGACUGACUUUAGCAUGAAGCAGUUCGCGGAAGGAUCAACUCUAAAACUGGCCAAGCAGUGCAGGAAGUGGCUGUGUAACGAGUCUCUGCCCCAGAACUCCCGCCGCUGGGCCGUCGAGGGCCUGGCCUAUCUCACCUUCGACGCCGACGUGAAGGAGGAGCUGGCCGAAGACGGCCACGCCCUGUCAGCCAUGUUCCAGUUAGCAAAGUCCGAGGAUAAGACGGUGCUGUUUGCUGUGGGCUCCACGCUGGUCAACUGCACCAACAGCUACGACGUGGACAAGCCUGACCCCCAGAUGGUGGAGCUGGCCAAGUACGCCAAGCAGCACGUGCCUGAGGAGCACCCCAAGGACGCUCCGCCCUUCAUACAGCAGCGGCUGGCCAAGCUGCUGGAGGCCGGGGUGGUGUCGGCGCUGGUGUGCAUGGUGAAGCAGGAGAGCCCGGCGCUCACAGACGCGUGCCGAGAGUGCGUCUCCAGGGUGUUCUUGGCGCUGGUGGACAGACAGGAGGACAGGGGCACAGUGGUGGCACAGGGUGGUGGGAAAGCCCUCAUCCCACUCGCGUCCGAGGGGACGGACCUGGGCAAGACCAAAGCGGCGCAGGCCCUGGCCAAAAUCACCAUCACGUCAAACCCAGAGAUCGCCUUCCCCGGAGAGAGGGUUUACGAGGUGGUGCGGCCCCUGGUCAGCCUGCUGACCCUCGACUGCACCCUGCUGCAGAACUUUGAGGCCCUCAUGGCUCUCACCAACCUGGCGGGCAUCAGCGAGAGGCUCAGGCAGAAGAUCAUAAAGGAGAAGGCGGUGCCUAAAGUGGAGGGCUACAUGUUCGAGGAGCACGAUCUGGUCCGCGCUGCAGCCACAGAGUGCAUGUGCAACCUGGUCUUAAGCACUGAGGUUCAGAAGCUUUUCGUGGCCACGGGGAACGACCGCCUGAAGCUGCUGGUGCUGUACAGCGGCGAGGAUGACGAGCGGCUGAGGAAGGCCGCGGCGGGGACCCUGGCCAUGCUGACGUCCGAGCAGCCAGAGCUGUGCGCUCGCGUCCCCGGGACCACGAGCCACUGGCUGGAGAUCCUGCAGGCCCUGCUCCUGAGCGACAGCCGGGAGCUGCAGCACCGCGGGGCCGCCAUCGCCCUCAACCUGAUGAGGGCCGAGCGGGACCUGGCCACGCAGCUCAUGGAGAGCGAGGCGCUGGAGAUCCUCUCCGUGCUGGCCAAGGGGGGCGCUCCCGAGCAGGGCCCUGUCGCCAAGCUGGCCGAGCAGUGCCUGGACACGGCCCUGCAGUACGGCAUCAUCAAAAGCAACCGCGGCGACGGGGGGGAGGGGACAGAGCCCUGAGCCCCGCUUGCUUAUUGGCCGAGAGGAUCACAAAUGGACGCACAUUCCAAAAAUACUGAAGUCUUAGGAAACAGCCACUGGGAGAUUUUUCUCCCUCGACUUCUAUGAAGUAUGGCAGCACAGCACCACAGCUGUUAGUCUCCCCAGAGGCCUAAUGCACAGAUGUACACGCUUGUCCAUCAGCUCGACUGAGACCAAAUAUUUUGCUCCGUUAUCCCCUCCAUCCUCACCUCAUCAUUGAUGUCUUCUGUUUGUGUUUUGUUUACUUUGGCAUUCCACGUUUUUAUUCUGUUAUGAGGGAAAACAGGCUUGUGAAACACUGCGGUAGUAUACAGGCUUUUGAGGGUCCACUCGGUGUCCAUGCUUUCGCUGUGCCUUCCACACCUGUAGCCGUUUGGUGUCACUACAUUUGCAGGUUUUUAAAAUAAAAAUAUUAAAUUGCACUUUGUACAAAAACAA